UUUAUGAUAACGUCAAGAGCAGGCGUCCAGAGACCAAGGGUUUCCACCGGCAUACAGAGUCCGCACGCAACAGUCGCCUUCACAAUUUCGUGGAAUCGUCACCAAAUACGCAUAAACUACUGAAAUAUAGUCAAAAUAGAUUUAGGAAUGCCUAGAUAACGAGUGCAGACUUUUCUUGUGCGAGUGAAUUCUACGUAAACUAUAUACGUAUAUUUCGUUUUCUAAGAUUUUUAGUGAUGAUCCCAGAUAGUGUCUAACCUAAGCAAAGGAAAAUCGUACUUCAUGUUGAAGGUGCCAUGAAGGCAAGCCACCAGAGGGUCGUUCUCGUGGCACUGCUGCUGACCGGACUGGCCCUCCUACCUGCCUCAGUGGAGGGUGAGGCUGGUGACUCUUCCUUGGAGGACGCUGAGAGACCCAAAUAUGACAUCCCCACUGUCAUGAAGCACGGAGGGCAGUACUACUACGACCUUGCACAGUCGACGGAGGAGGAAUGGACGCUGGAUGCGAGUGGGGACUCGGUGAAUGGGGUGACUGCGACGGAGAACAGUUCGUGCAUCGUCAAGAGACUCUUCCUGGAAGGUUAUGUCGUAGACGAAGACAUAUUCAACUGCAGCUUGGACAGCCUCGAAAUGAACAAUACGAAAUUCCACUGUACGCAAAACUUGACGAUGUUUUCCUAUCUGAACGAAACAGUCAACAGAACGUACGAAUGUGAUGAGAUUUACUGCUGGGGAGCAAAGAAGUAUUCUGAGUACAUCCGAUACUCGAGAUGUCUUCUUAAGACUGGUCUCGCUAUCUGGGAGAAAUACCAAGGAGCACGGUGUCCGCAGGCUUGUCAGAGCUGCGUCUGGUACUUCAAGAACAAAACUCUUGAGAGAGUCAGCAUCGACUGUGAUGCUGCCAAUCUCACCGACUCCACCCUGCCUACCUUUCCCAGGAACGUUCAUAUUCUCAGCUUGAACUCAAACAAGCUAAGGGCGGCGGAGACGCUGCUGAAUCACCUGAAGACUCAAACGAAGCUUGAAGUCAUCAAUUUGGACAAGAAUGAGAUCACUGCUAUCCCGUGCCUCCCUCAAAAUCUCAUACCGUCCCUCGUGGAAUUCAACAUGCAAAGCAACCAAAUACAAGAGCUGGAUCCGAAAUGCCUUCUUGUGUUGCUAAAGAGAAGGGAUUUCGCCAUUACGUUGAAAGGGAAUCCCUUUCGCUGUGGCUGUAACUUGUUCCACCAAAAGCCAGUAAUGUUGCAGCGUUUUGGGGAAAGAAUAACCAUCGUUGACAUAACUCUUCUCUCAUGCAUUAACGAAACUGAUAAUGAAACGAUUCCGCUGAAGUUUCUCACCGGGGAAGGCUGCGAAGAGAGUAUCUUUACCUUUACCAUAGACUACUGGAUUCUUCUCAACGUAACGCUGGUAUCCUUAAACAUUUCCAUGAUCUACCUCAUCCUCGAUCUGGCUUUGAUCCUCACCAACUUCAGAGGGAUCAAGAGUACUCAGAGACCGAAGAUGGACUACGUGAUAUGUGGGAUAAAGAGUUGUCUCACGUACGUGUGGGGGCCCGGUGGUGUUGGUGGUGGUGGUGGUGGAGGGUUACAGGAGCUGGAGGCUGAAGAUGAUGUUGAAGACAGGGUUCUAGGCACCGGCAGGUCUUGUCAGCGUGAUUCGUGCGUUGUAAGGAGAAGGACACCUCGACCAUGUUUUGAUUAGGGUGAAGUUAGAUUUGUGAGAGGCGUGGGUGGGUGGGGAGAGAGGAGAAGGCGGGUACUAGAGCUGGAUCUCAAUCCACUAGAAAAACACACACACACACACACACACACACACACACACACACACACACACACACACACAUACACACACACACACACACACACACACACACACA